AUGGCUCCAGAUUAUCCCCUUCCGGAUGAGCCAACGAGUCUUAUUGUAGACUUUAGCAGCCCGGCCGAUGAUUACAAUCCGAUAAAUUGGCCGACUUUUAAGAAGAGCUAUACCAGCCUUCUUUACAGCCUUACUAGCCUAGGCUCUGUCUGGGCAAGCACAGCAUACGCGCCCUCAAACGCUAAGAUAGCCGACGAGUUCGGCGUGUCCUCCGAGGUUGCUCUCUUAGGCACCAGCCUCUUGCUUCUUGGAUGGGGAUUUGGGCCGUUAUUCUGGGCACCUCUUUCUGAGGUAUAUGGACGGAAAUGGCCGGUGCUACUUCCGUUUGCCGUCUCUACAAUCAUGUCCAUCGGUACAGCCACGGCAAAAGACAUCCAGACGGUCCUUAUCACCCGUUUUUUUACUGGUUUCUUCGGGUCUGCCCCAAUUACUUGCACUGGUGGCGUCUUUGUGGAUUUGUGGAAGCCAUCGCAGAGGGGCAAUGCCAUAGUUGGUUACACCCUUUGCGUCUGCGGUGGUCCGAUUACCGCUUUUAUCCAGGCCGUCGUCCUCGUCCUAGACGUUAUUUUUAUCGACGAGUCGUACGCACCCGUCCUGCUAAUCGACAAGGCCCGCAUGCUCCGUAAGACGACGGGCGAGUGGGCGCUGCAUGCCAAGUGGGAGGAGAAGGAGGUGCGAGUGGUCGACCUGGCCGUUAAGUUUGGGCUGCGGCCGUUGCAGAUGCUGGCCACGCCUAUCUGCCUAGCCGUAACGGUAUACUCGUCGUUCAUCUAUGCCGUUUUUUACGCCAGCCUCGCGUCGUUCCCUAUUAUUUUCCAGCAGACGCGCGGCUGGGACGACCUGGUUGGGUCGCUGCCCUUUUUGGCCGUGCUAACAGGAAUCCUAGCCGGCGCUGUUGUGAGCUGGCAUAACCAGCGCCACUACAACUGGGCUCUAGCGGCGAAUAGCUAUAUGCCCGUGCCUGAGGCGAGGCUUCCGCCUAUGAAGAUCGCCUCGGUCGUGCUCGCUGGUGGACUCUUCAUUAUAGGCUGGACUUCUGCGCCCGAGCUGCCUUGGAUCGCUACCGUUAUCGGCGUUGCUAUGAUGGGUUUUGGCUACUAUACUAUCUUUACCAGCGCGAUUAACUACCUUGUUGACACCUUUCACCGUUGGGGGGCUAGUGCCUUAGCCGCUAAUACCUUCUCCCGAAGCGUGCUCGCCGCCAUCUUACCGCUGCUUGUGCGGCCUUGGUAUAACCGCUUAGGAAACGGCUGGGCCUUUACCGUCCUUGGCGUCUUUGCUAUUCUUAACAUCCCGAUACCAUUUCUCUUCUCUGCUUACGGGCGCCAGAUACGGGCAAGGGGAAAAUAUACAGCUAAUAUACAGGAAUAA